AUAUAUACAUGCACCAUCGCAAUCAAAGAACAAAGAGAGAGAAGAAAAUUGUUUAUUAAGUAAGAGUAAUUAUUAGAUAUCAUGGCAAACAAUGUGUUUGGAAGCCCAGUGACGGACGAGGUUGUGUCGACGGUCUAUCCGACCUUACUCCCAAAUCAAAUAACGGCUCGACACCGAGCCGAAGUGGCGUUCCUGUACCGGAACGCCAACGGGAGGGCGGACAACGUGACCACAUACGUGCACAACCUCAAGGGCGCAUACGGCGACGGGACGAGCACGCUGUGCAAGGUGUUCAACGCCACGGGAGGCCCGGUGCGCUUCUCCCGAAGCCACACGUGGGAAGGCAGCGUCUGGCGGUCGCCUUACCCUCAGAUCAUCCAGAACGGGCAGUGGGGCGGGUUCCUUCAUGUCCGCAGUAGGCUCGCCGGUCCUUCCAAAGAAGCCGCCGUUUAUAGCGGCGUCAACAAUGACGGUCAAGACCGCGGCUGGAUGAUCUGCUGGAACACCCGACGAAUGAAUCGCGCCAAUGCAGUGUACAGUGAAGUUCGUACAACGGCUCAUUUCGCCACGGCCAAUUGGGAAUACAUGAACCAGCGAAUGAAACAACGGUUACACUAUCACAGCGACACUUGGGGUGGAGGCCUAACGAUGAUCUCCGUGGGGACGGGAAGUUCGCCCGAACUCGUGGCAACACUGACAUUGGAUGGUCUCGAGGGCCGGUUCAUGGAAAUGGCAAGCGAGGUGGUCAUGGCGGGGUUGCCCUCGCUCAACUCCCGCUAUGUGGAUGAAGUGGAUGAAGCGUCCUUAGCAGCGGACGAAGCCGCUCUUUCCGAUGACGACGAGUGAUGACUUCGGUCGAGUUAUGUUUUAUCUAAUAAAGCACGUGUGUUUGCCAAAAUAACAACAACAACAAUCCAGUUGAAUCUCACUACAAUAGGGUCGGGAUGUUUGCCAAAAUAAAUAAAUAAAAAUAUGUAAUUAUGUACUCCAUGUAUUUAUGCCAGGCGGCAACACCGUACAUGUGUGUUUUUGAUUAGUAUGUGUGUGACUUCUAUGUAGCCAGCUAGCUAGCUAUAUCUUGCUUGCUGCCUAUUUGAUAAUAAUAAAAUAAUAACGUGUGUGGUACAUGUGUGUCUUCAUGCCAGGCGAGCUUGUCCACCCAUCCAUAAAUAAAAUAAUUUACGGAUA